AUGGAUGAUCCACUGUGCUCUUGUGUCGUCAACAACAUUGACAUUAGUGCACAUGUCAGUAUCAGCGGCGAAAUUGCAAUUAAUAAUCGAUGUCUCAGUGAAUAUUGCCAACCAGUAACAGAUCUCUAUAAGGUGCUGAGUGUUCUGGUAGCGGCUGCCUUUGCGGCUGAAUCUGAAACAGCGAAGCCUUCGCCAUUCCAGUUCAGCACAACCACGCCCCGCUACAACUUCGCAUCGUCCACAGCCUCUUUCGGCGCUUACAAUCCCAACCAGUUUUAUUCCGGUAACAGAUACAACAACUUCGGAAGAUACACAACACUCGGAUACAACACCCCUGGAAGAUACAACCCUGGCGCGUACAACGCAGGCGCCGGUGACCGCGGCUCCGCAGGCGGUUCUUACGUUGCUGAGAAAACGGAGAGUGUUUCUCCAUUGGCAGCAGUUAGCAGUGCCACCGCUAGUCCAGUCGUCUCUGUGACCAUCUUACCCGAAUCCAGUCCAUCGCCAAGCAUUCUCCUGAGCCCCUCGUCCAGCGCACCUCUUAGCGACACCCCAGCUCCGACGCCCAGCGUAGCCCCACUUGCACCUACAACUCAGACACCCCUCCCAUCCCCUACCGAGGCACCCAGCUCUUCAGUCAGCGAAACUUUAAGCCCAUAUCCUACUGAGGCUUCUAGCGCUGCUCCUAGUGCGGCCCCCACCGUUGCUCCAACUGCUUCUCCAUUCCCUUCUACUCUGUUAUUCAGUUCAACCACCAGCCCAGCUCCUAGUGCUGCACCUAGCCUUGCACCGCUGUUCGUUCCUAGUCCAUCACCCAGCUAUGUAUACAGACCUGCUAAACCACAAGCUGUUUCCGACCCCUUAAAUGAUGGCGUA